UCGAAUCCGCUGAUCGAUUUCGAUUUCUUCGACCCUGCUCUCUGAUCUCAGCAUCUAGAUCGAUACCAUCUUUGGUUUUCUUUUCAAAUCUAAGAUUUUUUAUUGUUCGCCAUCGUUGAUUUGAUCGAAGCUUCUUUUUGGCUGUAAGUCCUGCCGAUUUUGAUCGAAUCCUUGAUAUGGAGCCGAUGGAUAUUGUUGGGAAGUCGAAAGAAGAUGUUUCUCUUCCGAAAGCAACUAUGUUUAAGAUCAUCAAGGAGAUGUUGCCACCUGAUGUUCGUGUUGCAAGAGAUGCUCAGGAUCUUAUUGUUGAGUGUUGUGUGGAAUUCAUCAAUCUCGUUUCUUCAGAGUCUAAUGAAGUUUGCAGCCGAGAGGAUAAAAGGACAAUUGCACCAGAACAUGUGCUCAAGGCCUUAGAGGUUCUUGGUUUUGGGGAGUAUAUAGAGGAGGUUUAUGCUGCAUAUGAGCAACACCGGCAGGAGACACUGCAGGAUUCCCCAAAAGGUGGCAAGUUCAGCGGAAAUGAGAUGACCGAGGAAGAGGCCCUGGCUGAACAGCAGAGGAUGUUUGCUGAGGCCCGUGCAAGAAUGAACAAUGGAUUGAACUUGCAGCAGAAGCAACUGGACUCAGAGCACGCAUCAGACAGCUAAUAGUAUCUUCAUUUUAAAUAGCUUAUUAUGCUUGUGUAGUAGUAUCCAUCGGGCCGGUCAUAACCCCGCAAAUCCGAGUAUAGAUGCAUCUGUCUCCCCUUUCAGAAAAUCUGCUGUUCUCUGUAAUCUUUAGGCUUGAAGUUUGUAAAUGUUAUCGAUUGACAUUGACUGUGUUAGUGAAAACCAAAAUAUAGAUUUCCUUCUAUUGGAAGUGCUUCAUC